AUGGGGAACGGCAGAGACUCCCGUGUACUUCUCCGCGAAAGUCUUCGAGACAUCACGUAUCCAGUGCCCGGGGAGAUUCAAACAUGCCUCGACAAAGCACCGUUCCAGUCGUUCAUGGAGACGCUGGCAACCAUCAUAGAUCCUUGCAAGAAAGGAAGCAGAAAACUACACAGUUACAAGGGAAUAUUAGAAGGAGAAUUGUGA